AUGCGUCUUAUUAUCCGAGACGACAAGGACACAGCGUCCGCAUUCAUCGCAAGCUAUAUCAUUGAUCGUAUCAAGGCCUUUGGCCCGACUCCAAGCAAGCCAUUUGUGCUCGGUCUCCCCACAGGCAGUUCGCCCGAAGGUGUAUACAAGAAUUUGGUCAGGCAUCACAAGAAUGGCAACAUCUCUUUCCGCGAUGUCGUGACUUUCAACAUGGACGAAUAUGUCGGCCUCCCUCGCGAGCACCCAGAGUCGUACCACAGCUUCAUGUACCGACACUUCUUCUCUCAUAUUGAUAUACUGCCUUCGAACAUCAACAUUCUUAAUGGCAACGCUCCUGAUCUUGAGGCCGAGUGUAUUGCCUACGAAGAAAAGAUCAAGCGUGCAGGUGGUAUCGAGCUUUUCUUGGGCGGCAUUGGUCCUGAUGGUCACAUCGCUUUCAACGAGCCUGGGUCGAGUCUUACGUCUCGUACCAGAGUCAAGACACUUGCCUACGACACCAUCGUUGCAAACUCAAGAUUCUUCGGUGGCGAUAUUGCCAAAGUGCCUCGUAUGGCGUUGACAGUUGGUGUGCAGACAGUAAUGGAUGCAAGAGAGGUGAUCAUCAUCAUCACUGGCUCACACAAAGCGCUGGCACUUCAGAAAUGUAUCGAAGGUGGUGUCAACCACAUGUGGACAUUAUCAAGUCUGCAGAUGCAUCCACAUGCGAUGAUCGUCGCAGAUGACGAUGCCACACUGGAGUUGCAAGUGAAAACUGUCAAGUACUUCAAGUCUAUUGAGCAGGUUGCAUCGACACAAGGCUUCACACAGGUUUUGCCUGACAUCAGCAUCACCACUUCGAAGCGCGACUCUAUCAUUGAGAAGCUGGACAGCCCUCGCUCGCCCGAAUCAUCGUCUCCAUUCGUCAUCACUUCAAGCUCCACGCCGACAUCUCCCACAUCCAUCUACAGUACAAACAAAACACUUUCUAUCAAUAACAAAGACGCUAGCUCGCAACGGCCAGUCACGCCUGAGCCAGUGCUCGAUAGAAUGGCUGAUAGACUACCGCCUUCGCCAUCCCCUGCCAACACCAAACUGUCUGUGAAUACACCACUACAGCGACCUAUGAGAGCGGUGACCCCCGAUCUGGUGCCCGAUCGUAUGGCGGACCGUCUAGUCAGGACGCCACAGGUUGCAGGUCAAGGUCUUGAUGGCCUGGUGGUCGACGAGUUGCCUCUGAGCAAUAUGGGACAAAGAAUUGCUGUCUGA